CUGUCUCUCUUGAGAGAAAUGUUGAGCACCAUGAGAGCCGACGACGUGGCCUUCUCUCAUCCGUCGAUUUUUUUUGAUCAAAAAAAAAAAAAAAACGCGUAAAAAAAAGGGGAUGGCGAUGCCUUUUUUUUUAUCAUUUCCCGACUCUUCUCUCUGUUUCUUUGCGAAGGCGAUGGCGAUGCCUUUUCUCCGACGAUUGAGGUUACGGUUAAGGCCGCCGGCUACGAUUGAGGGAAGAAUAGAGAGGCCGCCGGCGACGAUUAGGCCGGAUUCCCCACUGCAUGUCACGAUCGGGAGUGAGAGAGAUAUGCAAAUCGGAUAUCCAAAUUCAACGGAUGGAGGUGGAGGUGGAUGUGGAUGUGGAAUCUAUGGAGUUGACGGAGGAGGAGAGGGAGAAGAAGGUGAGAAAGGAGAAGGCUUUGAAGGAGAUCUAUGGUAAUUUUGGUUUUGAUUGUUUUCGACUUCAAUCUAAGAUCUUUUGCUUUUAGCUUCUGUUUGCUUUGAUACUGUGAUUUGGUUUCGUUUAAGGGUUUCUUCCGCUUUGAAUCUGAAACCAAAUCUCUUCCCUUUUUUCGAUUUAGGGUUUGAUUUAGAGUUGAAAGAUGUACAACGGGAUAGGGUUACAGACCGCAAGAGGAUCAGGAACUAAUGGUUAUGUUGAGACGAAUAAGUUCUUUGUGAGACCUAGAAAUGGUGGUAAGCCUGUUAAUGGUGGUAAAUGGUUUGAGGAUGAUCAAGGUGUUCCAGUUAAAAGUUAAUGGUGUGGCAUUUAGGUUGAUUCCUGAGUCUACUCAAGUGAAAAAUGCCUUGAAGGUGAGUUGAUUUGUCCAUAGAAUAUAUCUUUGGAUACUCAAAAGCUUUGCUUUUUGUCACCAUAGACGUUAUAGCUGCUGAACAUGACUGUCAUCAUUCAUCAAUGAGGAGACUUUGUGUUAGUUUAGUGCAGGAGACGUUGUGACUAGCUUUUUCGUUUUAACUCUGUCUAGUCUAUAAUAUAUUUUCAGAUACUAUUUUUUCGGGCUGCAUCUAUCAUCCAUGGAAAUUGCAAAAUUGAAGCUGCUGCUAAUGAGGAGAGUGAUGGGGCUGGUGUUUCGAAGAAAAGACCUUGAUGGGGAAGAUCUUUAUGAAGCAAAAGAGGAUCCUCGAAAUAAGUACUUGAAGGAGCAGCAACUUAAGAAACUAGAGGAGAAGAACAAUAAUGAAAAAGGUAAUUAUCUGUCUCUGUCUUAGUAAUUACUUGAAUCAUUUUGAAUUUUUAAUGUUAUGUUAAUAUUUCUUUCUUCUUUCUCUGUUUUGGUGAGGUUAAUUGGAGUGGUUGAAACUACAAAUCUCACAAGUGGAGAAGGCAGAAGGCAUCGAUUUAACAGCCUCUAAAUCAAGGUACAGUUUGUGCUGUGAUUAAUGCUUUCUUUGUGUUUGAUUAGGACAGUUUUUGCUUUUGUAAAUGCUUUCUCUGUUAUUUGAAAUAAAUGCUUUCUAGUUGGAGUAUUUUAGGUAAAGACAAUUAGUGUCUUUACUUUGGCAUUCAUUGCUAAUUCUUCAAUAAGUUUCAAUCUUCUUCUUUAAAACACAAUCACUUCCUUUAAAACAAUCACUUUCACUUCCUUUAACCUUCAGCCUAACACAAAACACAAUCACAUUCACUUUCUUAUCUAAAAAAUGGAUGAUAUGAAUCCAUUUUAUCACUCAUCGGGUUUCAUGAACCUAUUGCAAAGUCAACAAGAAGACAUGUCUCAGUUUGCAAGUGGAUCAACUGAAGUCCCAGCAUUUAGUAGUCAACUGUCUGAAGAAGGAAGUGAAGAAGAAGGAAAUGAAGCAUCAGAUGUCAAACCAAAGCAAAGUAUAUCACGAAAGAAAUGGACAGCAAAAGAAGAUAUUGUUCUCGUCAGUGCUUGGCUUAAUACAAGCAAGGAUCCGGUGAUUGGUAAUGACCAACAAGGUCAAUCCUUUUGGAAGAGGAUUGCAGCAUAUGUUGCUGCUAGUCCUUCCCUCGACGGAAUGCCAAAGAGAGAGCAUGCUCAAUGUAAACAAAGGUGGGCAAAGGUCAAUAAAAUUGUCACCAAGUUUGUGGGUUGUCAUAAGACAGCAACAACUCAUAAAACUAGUGGUCAGUCAGAGGAUGAUGUUAUGAAGCUGGCUCACGAGAUCUACUACAAUGAUACCAAGAAGAAUUUCACUUUAGAUCAUGCAUGGAGAGAGUUAAAGUUUGAUCAGAAAUGGUGUGAUCAAACUACUCGGGGAGGAAAGGAUAAUGCUAAAAGAAGGAAGUGUGGGGAUGGUAAUGCAAGUUCCCAGCCUAUCAAUGUUGAAGAUGAUUCAGUCAUGACUCGACCUCCGGGUGUGAAGGCAGCCAAAGCGAAAGGAAGGAAGUCAGCCACUGUUAACGAAGGAAAGAAGCCAGCCACGGGUAAAGGAGAAGCAGGCCAGUCUGUGGAACAUUUUCAGAAUUUGUGGGAACUAAAGGAGAAGGAUUGGGAUCGCAAAGAGAAGCAAAGCAAGUAUCAGAUGCUUGAAAGUCUACUUUCAAGAACUGAGCCUCUUUCGGACAUUGACUUGUUCCUAAAAAAUAAGCUAAUCACGGAGCUUUGGUCCUAAGUUUUAAAGUUUUAGUUUGGUCCUAAGUUUUAAAGUUUUAGUUUGGUCCUAAGUUUUAAGCUAAGCAUCAGAUGCUUUUUAGUUUUUUUGUCUCAUGUAUGAUAUUGCUUUGUAAGUUCUAGUAUUAUGUCUCAUGUAUGAUAUUGUUUAAAGUUCUAGUUUAAGUCUAUGUACUCUAAAGCUUUGUAAUUUGUCUUGUAUGAUAUUGCUUUGUAAUGUAUGAUAUGUCUUGUUGUGUAUCAUGUAUCAUGUUUUAACUUGUCUUGUUUUUUUGCUAGAUGCCAAAGAGAGCAAUGUGUGCAAGUGGUUCAAUGUCUGAUGCCAAAGAGAUCAAUAUGUACCACAAAUAAUUUGUAUGUUUUUUGUGAACCACGAACUUUAUUCUAGCAAAUUUGUACUACAAACGAGCUUAUUCUUUGUGUACCACAAACUUUAUUCUUUAUGUUUUGCCUUUGCUAUAAAUAAUAUCCAUCGUUUGUAGAUGUCUCACAACUCAAGCUUUUCUAAUAUUGUUCUUUGCUUCAACUACAAAAAUUAUUUUUCCCUUAAUGUU